AUGGCGAGAAAUGUAGAAAAAGGAAAAUCUAUGUUAAAUCAGUGGAUUAAGGCAAAAGAAAUAUCUGAUAAAAGAGAAUUUUUUAAAAUACCAAAAAAUAUUGAUGAAGUUGAAAAUUUGGACGACGCCCUUAAAUAUCGAAUAUAUAUUAUCAAAGAAAUGUGUAAGAAGAUAAAGGAAAUCCAAAAUCAUAGUUUGAGUGAUCAGCAUAUAAGGGAAUUGAAUGACCAGAUCAACAAACUCAUUUUUAUAAAGAACAAAUGGGAAGCAAGAAUAGUAGAGCUUGGAGGAAAGGAUUACUCCAAGGAGUCUAGCCUUUUAAUAAAUGCUCAUUCGAGCGAACUGAGGGGAAGCAGCAACUAUAAAUAUUUCGGAGCAGCGAAAAACUUGAAGGGUGUGAGGGAACUACUAUUUAAAGAAAAUGAAGACAAAAAACAACUUAAUAUAAAAAAGAAAAAGGAUGCAAGAAAUUUCGAAAAGGUUAUUAAUAUUCAUUACUUCGGUUAUUGUGAUGAAACAAAUGAACAUCUUUUACAACAAGAAGUUAAAAUUCAGAAAAAAUUAGAAAAAAUGGAUUUAAAAAUAUUAAAAAAAUAUAAACACUAA